AUGCGCUCAAACUUGCUACCAAUCUCACUGUCGAAUUCUACCGAUCCUGCUACGCUCCGUGAACUCCAAGUACCCAAGCCAUGGGUGCAAAAUCCCAAUUUUCGCGCCAGGGUUUCCUACUGGCUCGUAUAUGUAAUGAUUCUUGUCGGAGUAGCUCUUGGAGUGAUACAAUGCUAUUUCACGUACAAGAACGUAAUGCUUGACCAUCAGGAUUUGUGCCUCGUGAUGGAGGAAGACUUCAACGGAACCGAAGACGAUGUUUUUGGAUCCAACGGAUACUUUAUGAGAGAGGUCGAUGCCAGUGGAUCUGGGAAUGGGCAGUUCGAAAUGACGACCUCUUCGUCAAACAACUCCUACAUCAAGGAUGGAAUUCUGUACCUUGUACCGACCCUCACCGAGGACGUCAUUGGCGAGGACAAUGUAUUCAACGGAUACGUCUACAACCUCACGGACUGCACGUUUAAUGUGACACAACCUAAUGAUGGGUACCUCAUCACAGGCAACGGAACAACUGCAGGCUCUAGAACUUUCGAUUAUUCAGGUUAUUACCAUGCUUGCAGCGCCACCUCCAACUCUUCAGCGGGCACCGUUAUCAACCCAGUCCAGAGCGCCCGUGUCAGCACACUCCUCAGUGCCCGAGGAGCACGUGGAGGAAGUAUCAGAUACGGCCGAAUCGAAGUCCGCGCCAAAAUGCCCACUGGAGACUGGAUGUGGCCUGCGAUCUGGUUGCUCCCGAAGGACAGCGUUUAUGGUGAAUGGCCGCAGAGCGGUGAGAUCGAUAUGGUCGAGUCACGAGGGAACGGAAUUCGGUAUACCAAUCGCGGAUCAAACUACGUCCAGGGCUCCCUGAAUUGGGGUCCCACUGCCGCAUUGAAUGCCGUGGAUAAAACCUUCUCUUGGUGGACGUUUCGCCGGCAAUCAUUCAGCGCUAAGAUGCACACGUACGUGCUCGAGUGGACAGACGAGUUUAUCCGGAUCUAUGUCGACACACGCGCGCACACGCUGUUGUCGUUCAAGUUCAAAGAAUCUUUCUGGCAACUGGGUGAUUUCCCGAGUGCGAUAACGUCUAACGGGCAGCAAGUGCCGCUGGAGAAUCCAUGGGCCAACGGGACAUACUUGUCGGCGCCAUUUGAUCAGGAAUUUUAUCUGAUUAUGAACGUUGCGGUCGGGUCGACUGGGGGUUGGUUCCCGGAUGGACAGGGCAAUAAGCCUUGGUUGAAUGGUGCUGCGACCGCUAUGCGAGAUUUUGCGAGUGCGAAGGAGCUGUGGUACCCAACGUGGCCUGAGAAUCCGGAUGAUAGGGGUAUGGCUGUGGACUAUGUGAGGAUGUACAAGCAUUGCUCCGAUUCGUGA